UCCAAAAGAGGAGGCAAGAUGGCGGCGUCCGUAGGCCAGAGGUGUCUGAGGUGCUUGCGCGGGACUAUGCCGCGGCGGAGCAGCCUCCUUCACUGUGAAAACACUGUCCUCAACCAUUUCUCACAAUCCUUGUGGAAGCUGCCUCUCAGAGUCUUUUGCACAAAUGCCAGAAAAGUCCACACUGCCCCUCCUCGAUCCUUGUUCAUGCUGCGCCCCCUGCGCCUUCUGUUUGUGACCGGCAGUGGGUACGCAGGCUACCGACAGUAUGAGAAGUACAGGGAACAAGAACUGGAGAAGCUGGGAUUGGAGAUUCCACCCAAACUUGCUGGUCACUGGGAGCCGGACCUCCAACCCGCGCCGCGGAGCCGAGAGGCGGAGCAGCCCAUCAGCCCCCAGGGGUCUGGCGGAGCCCCAGCCCUGGCGGAGGAGCCGCCGCGCAGUAGCAGGAGAGCCGCCCGCGGACUGGGGGGAAGGGAGGAAGGAGGAGAAACAAAGGCGAGCGCGCCUCGCGCCGCCCACCAUGUGUCAGUCAGAAGCGCGGCGAGGACCGGAGCUCCGUGCAGCGAAAUGGUGAGAUGCUGCCCGCCUCGUCCUAACCCCGCGGUGCCCCGCCACGACCUCCGGAAGGUCAGAGUUCACGUCCAGCGGCCCCGAGGUGGAGGUGGCGGCAGGGGGCCUGGGCAUCAGCCCCCUCGACUGGAGGGGCCCGGUCCUGGGGGCCUAAGUCGGAGAGCCCGCUUCAGGUUGCACUUCCCCCAGCUGGCCCUGAGGCGGAGGCUGGGCCAGUGGAGCUGCAUGUCCAGACCCGCCCUGAAACUUCGCUCUUGGCCCCUGACUGUCCUCUACUAUCUCCUGCCCUUGGGGGCCCUCAGACCACUCAGCCGGGUGGGAUGGAGGCCCGUGAGCAGGGUGGCCUUGUACAAGUCGGUGCCGACACGCCUGCUGUCGCGGGCCUGGGGUCGCCUCAACCAGGUGGAGCUGCCACAUUGGUUGCGCAGGCCCGUCUACAGUCUGUACAUCUGGACCUUCGGGGUGAACAUGAAGGAGGCCGCGGUGGAGGACCUGCACCACUACCGCAACCUCAGCGAGUUCUUCCGGCGCAAGCUGAAGCCGCAGGCCCGGCCCGUCAAUGGCCUGCACAGCGUGAUCAGCCCGUCAGAUGGGAAGAUCCUCAACUUUGGGCAGGUGAAGAACUCUGAGGUGGAGCAGGUCAAGGGGGUCACCUACUCUCUCGAGUCAUUCCUGGGCCCACGUACCUCUUCAGAGGACCUGCCCUUUCCACCAGCCACCUCCUUCAGGAACCAGCUGGUCACUCGAGAGGGGAACGAGCUCUACCACUGCGUCAUCUACCUGGCCCCGGGGGACUACCACUGCUUCCACUCCCCCACGGACUGGACGGUUUCCCACAGGCGCCACUUUCCAGGCUCCCUGAUGUCCGUCAACCCUGGCAUGGCCCGCUGGAUCAAAGAGCUCUUCUGCCACAACGAGCGAGUGGUCCUGACCGGGGACUGGAAACACGGCUUCUUCUCGCUGACCGCUGUGGGGGCCACCAACGUGGGCUCCAUCCGCAUCUAUUUUGACCGGGACCUGCACACGAACAGCCCGCGCUACAGCAAGGGCAGCUACAACGACUUCAGCUUCGUGAGCCGCGCCAACAAGGAGGGCAUCCCCAUGCGCAAGGGCGAGCACCUGGGCGAGUUCAACCUGGGCUCCACCAUCGUGCUCAUCUUCGAGGCCCCCAAGGACUUCAACUUCCGUCUGAAAGCAGGACAGAAAAUCCACUUCGGGGAGGCUCUGGGCUCCCUCUAGAGUCUCCCCGGCUUCUGCUGCCAGGGCGCUUUUCCAAGCAGAAAAACACCCCGGUCUUCUCCAGGGGACCCCCCGCGGCUCUCCAGGGCUGGGGCGACUGUCGGCCGCAGGGUCUGCCUGGGCAGGACCUGGGCCACACCCGUUCCUGCCGAGUCCGUGAGGGGCGGACAAGAGGCUCCUGAUCCCUUUGAAAAGGAGGUGGGCACCCGUCGGCCCCUUCCACCCUGAAGAAGGGGCAGGCAGGGAGGAUCCUCAAAAUCCCUGUUGGGGAUUUUUUUUUUUUAACACGUUGUAUAAAAUGGAGCCCUUGCGUCUCCGGCUGAUGUCACUGCUCCUCCCGUCCCUGCUCCUGGCCUUGCCCCUCUGCCGCCUCUGCCUGGGGUGAGGUGCCUGCUGGCGCUGACUGUGACCCCCGCGGCCCCCCCCCCUCCCCGAGCAGGGCCCCACAGCCUUUAAUGCAACUGCUUUGCUCCCAACUUGCCAUACCCUGCUCGUGGGGAAAAGCUCGGUGUUUCCUCCUGUGGCUGAGCACGGUGCCCUGGACCCUGCCAGUGUCGUCCCGGGACGGGACGCGGGUCCUGGAAGUGACUUUGGAGCUGGUGAGUCCCCCUACCAGUUUGUCCAGCCGGGGGAUGGGGAGAGCACGCCCCUCCCUAAAGCCAGCGCCACGCCAGGGUAGGGAGCGCGGCCGCUGUCAGCUCAGGGCUUUGGUGUUUGGGGGGUGUCAGUGCCUAGAAAACCUGUCCCCAGGUAUGCAGUCCUGGGGGUGCCACUGAUGGGGGCAGGACCAGGUUUCAUGUUUCCUGGGGACGCUGUGAAUUUCUCCUGCAGGAGAAGCCAUUUGAACUUUUUCAACUGUAUCAGUAGCACAGUAUUUUUGUAUGAAAAGCAGGAGACUUCUGAACAGUGAUUCAUUUAAUUGCAACAUUUUGAAAUAAAAAAACCUCACUGCAGCUCUGUGUCCUAUUCCUGGUGGUGGGCUGUGGCCUC